AGAAAAGCAACGUGAGCAUGCCCAGCCCUCUGUGGAGCCAGCUGAAGCAGGCAAGGCAGAAAUGUCGGAAGGAGCUGGAACUGCUCCAGCUGUACCUGAGGCCUCUGCAUCUCCAAAACAGCGCCGCUCUGUCAUCCGAGAUCGUGGUCCCAUGUAUGAUGAUCCCACUUUGCCUGAGGGCUGGACUCGCAAACUCAAGCAGAGAAAAUCCGGACGCUCGGCGGGGAAGUAUGACGUCUAUCUUAUCAACCCCCAAGGCAAGGCCUUUCGUUCUAAAGUUGAGCUCAUCGCCUACUUUGAGAAGGUGGGAGAUACUUCUCUGGAUCCUAAUGAUUUUGAUUUCACGGUGACUGGACGUGGGAGCCCCUCACGACGAGAACAGAAGCCUCCUAAGAAAACUAAAGCCCCUAAAACUACUGGCACAGGCCGUGGACGGGGUCGACCCAAAGGUAGUGGCUCUACCAAACCUAGAGGAACUGCUUCAGAAGGCGUACAGGUGAAAAGGGUAAUUGAGAAGAGUUCGGGAAAGCUGCUAGUCAAGAUGCCUUUGCAAUCGUCUUCGAUGGGAGCAAAGGCAGAAGGAACAGGGGGGGCUACCACCUCAGCACAGGUCAUGGUGAUCAAGCGUCCUGGGCGUAAACGGAAACCUGAAUCAGAUCCCCAGGCUGUGCCUAAGAAACGGGGACGAAAGCCAGGCAGCAGUGCAGUAGCAGCUGUUGCUGAAGCUAAGAAGAAAACAGUCAAGGAGCCAGUCAUCCAGGCAGUCCGGGAGACAGUAUUGCCCAUCAAGAAACGUAAGACACGUGAGGCUGUCAGUAUAGAGAUCACCAAGCCAAGUCCUCCUCCUCCAAGCAACACAGGGGAAUGGAGUUCCAAAGGACAGCGAACGGCUGCCAAGAGCCCAGGGCGCCGCAGCAAAGAAAGCAGCCCUAAAGGGCGGGGUGGCAAUGCUGUGUCAACCCCUGCCCCUUCCUCUUCUCCUGGCAAGAAGGAUCAGCACCUCCCUCCCCAUCAGCCAUCUUUGGAGCCCCAGGGCACCUCCCCUGCUCAGUCCCCUGAAAGCCCUAAGGACAGCAAGAGCCUUCCAACUGAGCCCCAGGACUUGAGCAGCAAGAGCUAUAAAGAGGAGAGGGCUCCAGAAAGUGAUGGCUGUCCUAAAGAGCCACCUAAGACUCAAUCUGGUGGCACAGCCGUGUCCUACAAACAUGAGCGCAAAGAUACUGUGUCGUCCUCCACGGCCUUGUCCCGGCCUACAAACAGGGAUGAGGCCGUGGAUACCAGGACACCUGUGUCAGAGCGGGUCAGCUGACUUUGCGGGGGGUGAGUGAGCAAGUGAGCGCCAGAGGUAACAAAGAAAGGAACAGGCACUCUCAGCCCCACACACCCAAAUGAGACUCCAGGCAGC